AAUCUAAAAUACUCGCCGAGCUCUAUAGAAAGCCAGAGUUGUUUGUUAGUCCUCCGGCGUCAGCUGAGUAAACGUGUCGUCAUUUUUGUUGGUACACAAUUUAAUAUUUCUACGUGAAAAUGUCACAACAAGGGCCAGCGUUCGACGUAAAUGCUAUGACCUUAACCCGUUGGGUUUUGGCUCAGCAAAGAACCGCUCCAUCUGCGACAGGAGAUCUCACCCAGCUGCUCAACUCUAUACAAACAGCAGUGAAGGCUAUACAAUCGGCUGUGAGGAAAGCCGGCAUCGCUAAACUACAUGGAAUCUCUGGUGAAAUGAACGUACAAGGUGAAGAGGUGAAGAAGCUGGAUGUACUCUCCAAUGAUCUCUUCAUCAACAUGCUCAAAUCCUCAUUCACCACUUGCCUGCUGGUCUCCGAGGAGAACCCUCAAGUUAUACAGGUGGAAACUGAAAGGCGUGGGAAAUAUAUAGUAUGCUUCGACCCGCUGGACGGAUCAUCGAACAUAGACUGCCUCGUCUCAGUUGGAUCAAUAUUCGCCAUUUAUAAAAAACAGUCCGAAGGCGAGCCAUCAGUAUCAGACGCACUAAAACCCGGUCGGGAACUAGUUGCAGCUGGAUACGCCCUAUACGGCUCCGCCACUAUGAUGGUGCUCAGUCUCGGGAGGGGUAAGGGCGUCAACGGUUUCAUGUACGACCCCUCCAUCGGCGAAUUCAUACUUACUGACCCCAAUAUGAGGAUACCCGAAAAGGGCAAGAUUUACUCCAUCAACGAAGGUUACGCGGCAGAGUGGGAAGCAGGUCUAGCGCGGUACGUGGAGGAGAAGAAACGGCCCGCGAGUGGGAAGGCGUACGGCGCGCGGUACGUGGGCUCCAUGGUGGCCGACGUGCACCGCACCAUCAAAUAUGGCGGCAUAUUCAUGUACCCCGCCACUAAAUCUGCGCCCAACGGAAAGCUCCGCCUUCUAUACGAAUGCAAUCCUAUGUCUUUCAUCGUAACCGAAGCGGGUGGUGUAGCCAGUACGGGAAAAGAACCGGUACUAGACGUAAUACCAACCAGCAUUCACCAGCGGGUACCAUGCGUCCUCGGCUCCAAACAAGAUGUAGAAGAACUACUCAAAUGUCUCAACUGAUUUUAUCUCUGCGACUUUAAUAAAAGACUGAAUAUUGUAUCUUUCACUCC